AUAUUGAGCAAAGCAACAACAAAUACAAAAUGGAAAUGACAACAAAAGUAAAUGGUUGGGCGGGGAUUGGCUGCAAUGCGACGACGACGGCGACGGUGAAUUCUGUGCCAAUUUAUUCAAAAUAUACGCGCUGCACGGAAUUGCGACGGGUGGACGACAAUGACAUCUACAAAUUGGCCACAAUUCUCGAUGUGAAUGGCUGUUGGCGCAAACUAAUGUCCAUUAUACCCAAGCGACUCGAUGCACAAGCUUGUAGCGUGCCCGGUGGCCUCAAUUAUGCGGAAAUUGCUGGCAAGGUGGGUUUGAAAUAUACCACACAACAAAUAAGUCUGAUCGAUGGCACCGCUGAGCGAUUAACGCCCGGCCAAAGCAUCUCCCAGGUGAUGAUCGAUGAGUGGAAAACUUCGGGCAAACUCAACGAACGACCCACGGUGGGUGUCCUCCUUCAGCUGUUGGUUCACGCCGAGAUUUAUAGUGCCGCCGAUUUUGUGGCAUUGCAUUUUCUAAAUGAACCCAAACCGGAUCGCCCCACCGAUGGACCCGCCGCUCAUAUAAGCCUCGAUCUGUGCAGCGAGGAUCUGAACGAUGAGGAUAUGAUGGACGUGGACGAUGGCGCCAGUAGUUAUCAGCCGAAUACAUCCGCGUUGCAUGCAGCCGCCGAACAAGUGCGCAGCACUGGCAUGAAUCUGGACUACUUUGACAAGCACAUGGUGAGACGGGACAAAAGUGUGCCGCAGCAAUCGGAAAAUAAUAGUGGUGGUAGUGGAGGUGCAGCAACACCACCACCCGUAGCACCACCACGAAGUAUACGCAGCUCACGUCAACUGAAAACCACGGCCAGCAAUGCAGCUGCAACAACAACAACAAGAACGCCAACAACAACAACGACAGCAACAACUGUAGCAAGCUCUGCCUCAGGUGCCACAAAUACGCCCAAUAUGCCGAUGCUAUCAAUUCUGAAUGCGAGCAGCGAGCAACUGCAGCAAACGCAACAAAAUAUACCCUACCUGUCCAUACUCAAUGGUGACUUUAAGGAGCAGCAUCCGCCUGAGGCAACGACAACGGCAACAGCAACAGCAGCAACCACAUCAUCGACAGCAACAACAAUUCCAAAUGUGCCGCUGAUAACGCUGCUAAUUGAAAAUGCCAGCUGCGAGAUAAGCAACAACAGUGGAGCAUCCAACGAAACAACAACUGCGACAACAAAAACAGCUGCGGAUGUGGGCAACAAUAGUUUGCCUGCGAUAAGCGCAUUAAAUUUGAAUACGGGCCUGGUUGUUGGCAAUGGAACUGGCGAGCAUCACAGCAGCAGCAGCACAAAUAGCUUCAGCAAUGACGAAGAUGAGGAUGAGGAUGACGAGGAUGACCAUGACUCCGAUGUUGACUCCGAUGAGGCGGAAGAUGUUUCACUGCCAAAUCUAAGCAAUUCGGAGCAUCAAACAUCAAACAAUGACUCGAGUCUGACAACUGUCACCGGCACCAGUGGCGAGAAUAGUUUUGAAUUAACCAACGAUUCCAGUUCCGCAUCCAACGACAUUGAUAACAUUCCCAAUCUAAGUGAACUGCAGCCGCAGCCGCAGCAGCAGCAGUAAUGGCAACCAGGAUCGAGCCGUCCAUUAAAACGCACUAGUUUAUUUCCAAAACAGAAAAAAAACAUUCCGUUAGGCAC